CUCUGCAGUCUGCAUACGCCAUCUCAAACGCCAACCGUUCUCCACCUUCUCUCAGAUGGCCUCUCAGAUCCCGGCCGUCUCUCCGGCGACCACAUCACCAGCCCGCUCCCUCUCACUCUCCACCGCGAAUCCGGAGAUGGACAUUUCCGGCAACAGCGGGAGGGGCAAGGAGAAGCCCGCGGUCAGAGCGAAGCCCGUGACCAAGUCGUCUAAGUCCGGCCUGGUGUUCCCCGUCGGCCGCAUCGCCAGGUACCUCAAGGCCGGCAAGUACGCGGAGCGCAUCGGCGCCGGCGCCCCCGUCUACCUCGCCGCCGUCAUAGAGUACCUCGCCGCCGAGGUCCUUGAGAUCUCCGGCAACACGGCGUUGGACAACAAGAGGACCCGGAUCACGCCGCGCCACAUCCAGCUGGCGAUGCGCAACGACCACGAGAUUGGCAAGCUGCUGGAGGGCGUCCUCAUCUCCGGCGGCGGGGUGCCGCCCGACUUCGACGCCAUGCUCCUCUACAACGAGGCCGAGGCCAAGCCCAAGCGCAAGGCCAAGCGCAAGGCCUAGAUUAGGUAUUAGUAUCCCAUCUCUGGCGGCGGGGUGCUGCCCAGCAUCCACACGGCGCCCCUCCCCAACAAGGCCAAGGGGUCUGCCUCCCAGGAGUUUUAGAUUAACUUAGUGUCCCUGUGAUGUGAUGUGGAUGUUUUGGUUUGCUGUGACAUCGAUGAUGGUAGUGGAUCUGGUUGGUUCUAGAUGUUAGAUUGUAGAUUAGAUUGGUGUCCCUGUGAUGUGAAUCUUUUGGUUUGCAGUGACAUCGAUGUUGGUGGUGGAUCUGGAUGGUUCUAGAUGUUUGUUCUAGAUUAGAUUGGUGUCCCUGUGAUGUGAAUCUUUUGGUUUGCUGUGA